AUGAGCGGAUCUCGCCAAUUUGGAAAUUCUGCGGCUGACCAGAGUGUCGCAGUACCUAUCCAGGCUCCUACUACCUUAUUCAGCUCUUUCAAAAAGCGACGAGAAGGUUCAACAUCAACUCCAACCAACGUCGCAGCAGCAGCACCACCACCAUCAUCUACUAUAGAGCCUACAGAGAAUGACCCUUUAUUGCCUUCGCAAAAUAAUGACGAAGAAGCAAAUGCCAGAAAAGCUCAACGAUCAUCUUGUUCCAAAUUCGCAAUCAUAAUAACCAUAUUGAUCCUGUUGUUGGGUGCAGCUGCUGGAGUUUAUUAUGCAUUAUACGUCAGAUCAAGAGGAUCACCAGAUAUGCCACCUGUUCCGUCUCCUGAUCCUGAACUGCCUCUAGAAAAUCGACUGCCAAGCUGGCUCGUCCCAUAUCAAUACGAUCUCGACUUACACGUAAAUGUUGCCAAAAAAGUAUACUCUGGUACCGUGGCCAUUCAAGCUACGAUAUUGAAAGACACGUCAGAGGUCUUCUUCCAUUCUGUGGAUUUGGCAAUCACAACAGCACCACGAGUAAUCAGCCACGCCUCAGUAUUCGAAGCCUUGUCUGUGGAACACAAUAGUGACAAUAACAUAAAUUCGCUGCAGCUGGGAUCUACCUUGAAGCCCGCGAACUAUACGAUACUUAUAGAGUACACGGGCAAAGUCUUGGACACGUAUAAUGGAUUCUUUGUAAAGGAGUACAUGGACGCGUCUAAUAGGACUCAUGUAAUAGCUGCUACUCAUUUCGAGACUGUUGGUGCAAGAUACACUUUUCCGUGCAUGGAUGAACCAGCUUUAAAAGCACGCUUCAAUAUAAGCAUCACAACUGACGCUAGAUACACCGUACUAUCCAACGCUAACAAGCUUCAUAGUGAGAAAGCUAGUGGUGAUCUCAUGAAGCAUGUAUUUGCAACGACACCUCCAAUAUCGACCUACCUCGCGGCUUGGGUUGUGGGUGAAUUUGAUCGUGUCCAGGCAGAAACAAAUGCAACAAACCCUGUUUUAAUCACAGUAUACUCUGAAAUCGGCCGAGCAUAUGAAGGGGCUUAUGCUUUACGUGUCGCUCUAGACUCGUUACAAUACUUUGAAAUCACACUGAAGAUGCCAUAUCCAUUACCGAAACUGGAUCUUGUAUCUGUGCCUGGUUUCCCAUACGAAGGAAUGGAGAAUCUAGGAUGCAUGGUGUUUGAUAGCGAGCUUUUGAUGGUUAAUGGGAAGUAUUUAGGCACUGCUGAAGCCGAGUUACACAAGCAAACAACAGCUCUGCUCGUUGCUCAUGAGAUUGCUCAUCAGUACUUUGGUGAUAUCUCGACUAUGCAGUGGUGGGAUAUGAUCUUCUUAGCAGAAGGAUUUGCUGAAUACUAUCAGUUCAAGGGAGCUGGCACAGAUGACUCAUUAUCAGCCAUGUCUCAGUUCUUCGAAUACGAACAUCUAACAGCCCUAAAAGCUGACGCAACGAAAUUCAGUCAUCCACUCGUAUCCAACACGCCAACCACAAUUCCUGUAUACUCUUUUGAUGACAUUACGUAUGAUAAAGGAGCUUCUAUGCUGUAUAUGCUUGAAUCUUGGCUUGAUGAGGACGACAAGAAGGCCUGUUGUGGAGUCUUUUGUCGUGGCAUUCAAACAUAUUUAAGUGGACCAACUGUCAAGAGUGUUGGCGAUCUGUGGACGUCGUUGGAGAGUGCACGAAGAAGCAAUGCGGGUUCUGCUUCUGUGGCUGAUAUUAUGGACUCAUGGACCAGUCAGCCAAAUGUUCCCUUGCUUGCUGUAUCAACUACAAGUAACUCCAUAUUGCUUGUCAGUCAAACGCCAUUAGUACCCGACUUGGAUGAAGAACCGGCAUCGAAGUGGACUGUCCCUAUAGAAUAUAGUUAUCUGGACAGCAAAGCACGCACCAAUCAUAAAGCCAUCCUAUUACCAGAUAGCACGUUAGACCUGAAGGCUGACGUGAAGGGCCUAGUUUUACUGAAUACGAAUCGUACAGGUCUCUAUCGAGUCAACUAUACACCAGAGAUGUGGCAAACUCUUGCCAAACACUUGUCUGAUACACCACAUAUAUUUAGCGCAUCGGAGAGGGCUGGUUUAGUUUCGGAUGCAUUGUAUCUGCUGAAUACUAGGAGGCUUGACGCGACUGCUGCUCUAGACACGACGCUAUUCUUACAAAAUAGUUUGGACUCGGGAGUAUGGGAUAGUGCCAUGCAGGGGCUGUGGGAUUUGGAUGCAUCCCUUGGUGUUCAUCCAUCAACCAUACUCUUGAAAGGUUAUAUUCAAGGUCUAGUAGCUGGACCAACGAAGGAGCUGAAAUGGUUUGAACGCACGAACUCUACACCGAAGGAAGUGCAUCAGAGAGCUCUGACUCGAGGAAUUGUAUUUAAAUUGGCUGCUUGUGUAGGAGAACCUCAAGUAUUAAAUGAUGCUUUGGGAUACUUUUAUACAUUAGCCAAUUCAAGCCUCAGUAAAGUGUUGGACUUGCCACCGUAUAAUGAUGGAGUGAUUCUGGACGCUAUAUAUACAGCCGUUGUGCGAUAUGGUGGACCUAAAGUAUUUGAAUUGUUGUGGAAGAAUUAUACAACACCAGUAACAGUAAAUCCAGCAAUCCUACCUGGUGAUUUACUAUCCUCUAUGGCAUGGACUCCCGAUGAGACGAAUAAAGUCAGAGUAGUGUCUCUUUUGCCGCACAAACCUCUCUCAACACAAAUCAGAGUCCUCAGAGUAUUAAACCAUGCUUCGAUACUCGGCCAUGCACUCGUAUGGGAAUAUAUAAAAUCAGAACUAGCACUAUUCUCAGUAAAUAGUAAAUCCAUUAUAAGUCUUGCUGAGCAAGUUGUAAGUCGCUUCUCACCUGGAUUGGUGAAUGAAGCUAUACGGCUUGUGGAACAGCAAUCUGGUCGUGCCUGGAAUGAUUUUGUAUGGGAUAGUCCGAAAGAAACUGCAUUAUUGUAUGGUAUACGACGUGGUAUUGAAAAAUCUCUUGUCGCUGCCAAAUUCCGGGAUGAGAAGAGGGCCGAUGUACUGAAUUGGCUUGCAAAACAUACCCUCAUCACCUGA